GAAACGGCCGCAUGAAUCACACGCUCCACGUGAUAGCGCGCACGCGUGAGCGUGAAUGCGCUUUCGCGUAACAUUAGACAAUAAAGUCUUUACAAAGGAACGAACAGGCAAACGAUUCGUUCGUGUCUUGUCUCGUAAAACGAGAUGCAAGAGACGAGAUUUCGAUGACGAAUGAAAAAAGACACGCGGAUCAGUUAUCAUGUCGCUGCCUUGAAAUCAAGGAUUAAUCUAGAUAGCUUCACUACUUCUUAUUCCCUCGAAGAACGUUAUUUAACUAAGAAAUGAAUAAUUUCUUUGAGAGAAAAAAUGAUUACAGUAUUGCAAUUCCUAACGCACUCGUUUUAUGAUACAAGUAAUUAAGAUAAAAUCGAAAGUUUUGUGUUUAUGCAACGCCUGGUGUGAACACGCGUGACGAAAACGGUAUCGAGUCAAAGAUAAAAUUUAUUGUAAGAAACAUAAUGGCAAUCACUUGAGAUAACACCUAAAUGCCAACAAAUAAUCGGAAUGAUUUCGAUUGGGGUUCAGCUUGGCCUUGAAUCCAAUUAUUUCUUUAUUUGCGAGCUUGAAAACACAUGAUGGUCGUGAAUUAGCAUUAUGAUUAAAAUGUGUGAGCAGGUCCAUCUCCCAUAUGCUUCUCAAGUAGGACCUAAUACUUCGUGUAAACGUUUCUAAAUAAACCGAGCCGUAUACGCGACGCAUAAAAAUGAAACUGUAGCUUGAUACAACCUUCAGUAAGAGAACUCCGCGACAGCAGUUCGAGAGCGCUUUACAACUGUCCCAGCGAUCGUCUUCAAACAUUAGGAAUAUCGUUAAACGUCUCGGAAUCGCUAGUCUAAUGAGUCAAUUGCACCUCGAGUCACAAAUUUGCCACUUCGUUUCGUCGCGUUGAUGCAGCAGCGACAUUUCUUCGCGCUAUUCAAGGUCAGUCGCAUCAAUUAGCACUGGUCAACUAAAUUUUCCGUUCCUUUCUAGAUCACGGUUCCUUUUUAAACUAGAAGAUAGAAGAGAAUGUAAAAUAGAAAGUAAAUGAAUAAAUUAAAGUAAAUUAAUUAAUUAAGGUAAAACUAUGAAAAUAUGUACAAGGUGUAUUGAAAUUAUGUGUAUAUUUCUUUUAAGUUUUUACUAUUAUUAAAAUUGAUUUUAGAACAUACACCCAAUUUUCCUGAUAAGGUCACUUUAUGAUACAGUUUAGGAUCGAGCUAUCAAUUAUUAAUAUUAAUCACCAUUGAUAGAAUUUCCACUCUACAUACUUGCAUUACAGCUAAGGUUUAUGAUUUAGAAAGGAGCAAAGGUCAAGUUAGUUAAGCAUCGAUGAGAUUGGCUCUCGGUUUACGGAUAGCGCUAAUCAACGUCGGCCUGUUGUAAAGCGCGGAAGCUGCUGCAUCAGAUUCGCCUCGUGUCUGUAAAUUAGAGUCGGAGGAUCGAAACCGGUAUAGUUUCCGGUAUAAUUUCGGUGAGUUCAAAUAUCGAUGCGCUGUACACGCGCGAAAGUGGUCUCCGCUUGCGCGAGACGCGAAUCCACCGUCAUCGAGAAUUGAAUUCUCUCUAUUAAUUAGACCGGUCUAGUUAGACCAGGUUUCGAUCGCUCCGAUUAGGACCCCCAUCUCUCUUUCUCUCGCCAAGCAGAUUUUACGUAAGUGAGAGAUGCGCUACGCGUCUAAGCUGCUCGGCGCGAAACCGUCAGAUCUCGUCAUCCAGGGUCUGCAAUUCCGGCGUAUCGUUCCGCAGACUUUCGAGGACGACGUCUCCACGUGCGCGAGUUAUGACGAUCUGGAUGCGGACGAUCCCAGCGAUUAUCGGCAGCCCAGGAGGCCCCAUUGGGCGAACAAAAUGGAAUUCGUCCUCGCCUGCAUAGGGUACUCUGUUGGUCUCGGCAACGUCUGGAGAUUUCCUUACUUAUGCUACAAAAGUGGCGGCGGUGUGUUCCUCGUACCUUACUUCUUAAUACUCGUAGUAUGUGGAGUACCGUUGCUGUACAUGGAGCUCAGCAUCGGACAAUUCACUCGUCGCGGCUCAAUUGGUGCCCUGGGUCAAAUGUGCCCAUUAUUGAAAGGAGCUGGUUUAUCGUCAGUUGUAAUAUCAUUUCUAAUGUCCACCUAUCAUAAUGUGAUAAUAGCUUACGCAAUUUACUAUUUCUUCGCGGCAUUCCGACCGGAGCAGCCAUGGUCACGUUGCGAUAACUCGUGGAACUCACCGCAUUGUUGGCUUCCCAGUUAUGGAUCCAUCGAUAAUCGAACUCAACCGAACUUGACAAAAACACCAUCCGAAGAAUUCUUUGACAAUAAGGUCCUGCAAAUUAGUAACGGCAUCGAACAUCCGGGGAUUUUAAGAUGGGAGCUCGUAGCAUGUUUGAUAACUGCCUGGAUCCUGGUAUAUUUUUCCAUCUGGAAGUCCAUUAAGUCAUCCGCGCAAGUGAGAUAUCUAACGGCAACGCUGCCUUUCCUCCUAAUCGUGGUCUUCCUAACGCGAUCUCUCACUCUGGAAGGCGCCGCAAAAGGUCUGCAAUUCUUUUUCCAUCCUCGCUGGGAAUUACUUGGCGAUGCAAAGGUGUGGAUCAACGCAGCAGCGCAAGUCUUCAAUUCUGUAGGGAUCGCCUUUGGCUCGAUGAUAUGUUUCGCGAGUUACAAUCGAUUCCACAACACGAUUCUCGUAGACACCGUCGCCGUUUCGCUCAUAAACGCCUUCAGUAGUCUACUGGUUGGGAUAUUCUCGUUUGCCACGAUCGGCAACAUAGCGCGGGAGCAAAACAUGUCCGUCGAAGAUGUCCUAACUGACGGACCUGGUCUAGUCUUCGUCAUCUAUCCGCAAGCGCUAGCCAAGAUGCCAGCUUCUCAACUCUGGGCCGUGCUAUUUUUCUUUAUGCUGGUCUCCCUUUCGUUGAACAGUCAGUUUGCCGUUGUUGAAGUGGUUGUUACAUCGAUCCAAGACGGUUUCCCGAAUUGGGUGAAGCGUCAUCUUCUCUGCCACGAAAUGCUGGUCCUCAUCAUAUGCGUCGUUUCGUUCUUAUUUGGACUGCCGAAUAUUACGCAGGGCGGUAUUUAUUUCUUCCAACUGAUAGAUCAUUACGCCGCAUCGAUGUCCAUCAUGUUCUUGGCAUUCUUCGAAGUGAUUGCCAUCUCGUGGCUUUACGGCGUAAGGCGGCUGUGCAAUAACGUCAAGGAGAUGACUGGACGUAUGCCUUCGAUGUACUUCCGGUUUUGCUGGUUCCUUGCAGCGCCUCUUCUUAUAAUGGCUAUAUGGGUGUUCAGCUUAAUUGAUUAUGAGCCGCCGACCUACCACAACGGCGACUAUACAUAUCCAUGGUGGGCAGAAGCGAUCGGAUGGGGUAUCGCGUCUCUCUCUUUAAUUUGCAUUCCCGCUUUUGCCGUUUACGUAUUUAUCAAAGCGGACGGUGCCACAUUUGCCGAAAGACUCAAAAAUUCCAUCAAACCGCACUUCGAGGCAUGCAAAGUUUGCGGACAGGAAUAUUGUAUGGAUUCCAUACACAAUCUGCCAGAAGACAUGCUCAAGGAACCGCAAACAGACGUGAAUACGUCCAUACAACUGAAUUCGCACUAUCUGCUGAAACCUCAAACGUGAUAACGUGUUGACUCGCAGAAGCGAUCAACUUUCCACGAUUUAAUCCACAGAAUGCGAAGUCAUAUUGAGGAAUAAUUGUUUAACAAGAAACGUCGUUCGCUUACGUACUUUUACUAUCAUCGGCCAUUACAACAGCUGUCGUGGCAGUCAACAUUCCAUUAUUUAUAGUCUUGUUUUAAGGACCGUAAUCCCUUGCGAAAGAGUCAUUAGGAUAAGAAUAUAAUCGUUACUUCUUAUAAACUGUUACUCUUUACGCCAUCGUUAUGUGAUAGACUAUAGACGAGCACUGAUUCGACGUAGAAGUAUAUUUCUGUAUAUAUAAUAGUCAAUACGUACUAUAAUGUGUAUACAUAUAUAUAAUAUAAUUGAUUAUAAUUUUAAUAAAUUAUUGUAUAUUGUCCAAAA